AUGAUGAUGAUCUUUUUCAGUAAUGUCUACGGAUUCACAAAUGUCAAUCUUCUCGAUGGAGGUCUCGAUGCAUGGAAGGCUGCUGGAGGUUCCACAGACAAUAAAGUUGUGAUCCCAGCUCUUGGAAAUGUUGAUAUCAGAGCCCUGAACCCUGAAAUCUUGGCAAACUUUGAGGAAAUCCCGUUCAAUCAUUUCGCGGAGAAGAAAGUCGACUACUUGGAUGCCAGAGUUCCAGCUCAAUUCACUGGACAAGACCCACUUUCUUCAACUUAUCCUGGAACUAAAGCCACUGGAUCUCACGUCACCGGAGCCAUCAACUUCCCAAUGGCUGAGGUCAUCGGACCAAAUGGAUUCCUUAGCCAGCAGGAGGUUGAUGUUAAGAUCGCUAAACUCGGAUUGACUGCUGGAAAUCAAGUAUACGUGGCGUGUAACACUGGAAUUCAAGCAUCUGUUAUUUUCACUGCUUUGGAGAGAAGUGGAAUUAAAGCCAAGUUGUACAAUGGAAGUAUGACUGAGUUGGCUUACCGUGCACCAGAACUUGUCAACGCUUCUGGAAAUUAG